GCCCGCCGUGAACGAUGCUCAGCUCUACACGCGCCCAUCACACCCGCCAGCAGCCCUCCAUAUCCAAGCCCAUGCCUGUCUCCCAGGUCCCCCCGCCCAUUGCCCCGGCGUCGCCCCCGACGAGUCCAAACAAGAAGGGCAAGUCGCGACGGCCCUCGGUUUCCAGCCCCAUGACGUGGCUCUCGCGCACCUCCUCCUCCGCGUCGAUACAGUCCUUGGCGCCGUAUGCGCCGUCGCGCCCAGUGCGCAUCUCCGAGCCGCGCUUCGCGAACCCAGUUGAGGCGAUGACCAUUCCUCGCAGCGGCGUCCUGGGCAAAGGCGCGAUUGUCGUUCGAACUCCUCAGGAAGCUCUCGCUGGUCCGAGGGCCUCCGCAUCGUCCCCCGACCUUCUCUCCCGUGUCCGGAGUCCGACCCCUGUAAGGGAAUAUGACGAGGAAGACCAAGACGUGCCUGGAAGCCCUCCUCUUCCGCCGAUCCCUAACGACGAUUCGGAGUAUAUAGAGGAGGAGACUCUGCAGGACGCGGACGUCGAGGACCCAGAAACCGUCAGUGAAUGGCACGCGCCGUCCAUGCCUGUCACCGCACAUCCUCCACCGCCAACCCGUCCACCUCCCUCUCUACCGUCGAUCCCGGACAUGCAUUCCGAAGUCGUGCCUGUCAGGUCCACGUCCCCGCUGCGGCCGCACAGAGGCAUCUCGCCCUUGGAUUCCUUCCCGGCUGUUCCCCCGCUUCCUGCUGCCGCUGUCCAGACACCUCCCCAGGCGCCCUUCAGUGCCAUUCUAGUAUCGCCUGCGCCGAACAGCACCGUGGAUCCUUCCAAGAUCAUUGUGUCCCUCGAGACGAGCACGGCUACGCAUCGGACUACCAUGUCCACAUUGACGUCGCGCCCGUCUCACCUCGCCUCGUACUUGCUCGGUCUGUUCCCGUCCUCGGAAUCGGACUCCCAGUCUAUGUAUUCGACGAGAAGUGAUGUCGACAGCUCAUUCGACUCCAUCUUCCAUCACCAUCUUGCCUCCUCGGGUGUCCUCCAGGCUUCGACAAAUCUUCAUGUGUUCUUGGAUAGACCUAGUGCUCCGUAUGCGCACAUCCUCACAUAUCUCAGGUUGCCCGCGGCGACGUCGGAGCACCCGGCAACGCUUCCACACGCUGCCCGCCUCAACGGCUCUUCUAUUCGCCUCGAAGCGCUUCUCGAGCUCCGAGACGAGGCAUCUUACCUCGGUCUGGAGGAGCUGCACAGGCUGUGCAUGGACGAGCUUAGGCACCGGCAACCGACCCCCAGCCUCGGCGGCCUGGGUCUGCACAUGCGCGGGUUCAGUAACGCGAGCAACAAGAGCUUGCAUACGCUCCGUGAGACCUCGGAGCCCGUCGACCCCGCCCAGCGGCAUUCGGGCGACUCUGGCUUCGCCAGCAACAGCGGGAGCGGGGGGCCCAGGAAGAGCGGGGGCAGCAGCGAGCUCGAGGUUCCCUGGCCGUCUCCACCUGGCUUGAAGCAGCGUGCCGCGCUCAAGGAGGGCAGCACGAAGAAGGACCCAAGCGCGACGAUGAAGGCGAGACCAACAGGCGCUUGGAUCUAGUGUGACUGGCGUGCGGCGAGCUGCCAGGACAGCUCGUCGUGGCCAUGGUCGCCGGGCUGUGCAUGUGCUUAUUCGUUCUGACGGGUCUCAGGUCUUGACGUCGACGUCCCUCUCUGGCAUCCACUUUUCUUUUGACACGAACUUCACCAGUAGCCAAUGACUCACGAUCCUUGCAAUACCACUGUAGUAUAUCAAUCAUCGCCGCUCUUUCUUCAUUGUUAGUAUACCAUAUUCCCACUAUGACCGGUUCACACUCGGAGCCUUUGUACGUUGGUGUAUGGAGCAUAGCAUACACGACUGAUACGACUGAAUUCAUCGGCAAUACGACAGAUGGCAACCCCGCUACAUGGCACUGCGAGUCCUAAGUGGGAAUUACGCUAAACGGCGCGUGAGUAACGAAGCCCAGAACAGGAGCUGUCGCGCCAAAGGAACCCGUUGAAUUGUAGACAUCGACUGGAUUAUCGACAUUGGUUCCGAGGGUGAUGACAAGACGUUGCCAACGGCAUUGGCGUCCUUGUCAUUUGGACAAGGGCGAGGACCAUGACGCUCACGUCUUGGGCGCCCAGAGCUCAUACAGCUCCUUGUCGGCUGGAUCGAAGCACGUAAGUAGCGCAGGGUCCGCGCGAAUGGUCACCUUGCGUGCCGGGGUCCCCAGGGCCGAAGGAGGCUGGGAGGUAAUUGGGCGGUAGAGGGAGCGCGAGGGCUCGAGGAUCCGGGAGAGGCUGGAGACGGUGGAGGACGUAGGAGAGGCGUUCACAUCUGGUGACCCGUUUCCGUUCUCUGCACGCGUCGUGCUGCGACUGCGGAGGCCCGUGUCGGGAGUGACUGGCUCCCGGGCUUGUAUGUUGAUGGGAGGCGUCGCGAAACGAGUCGAGGAGGCCAUCACGCCCGUCGACCGAUUCCGA